GUUUCCUCUUGACUCUAGACCUUACAGCAAUAUCUUCGACCCGAGCAUAGGCUCUCAAUUUUCUUGUCGACUUGACGCCUUGACGAUUACUGAAGUCCCAAACUGUUUAUGCAAAGCACAUCCGGUGCACUUUCAAAGCAUUUCAUUUGUAGCUGCAACAAAGUCCGACCCCUUGACUUUUUACUUAGAAAAGAGCGUCCCAGGUUGCGAUCUCUAGCUCCUGCUGAAGCAAUUCGCAUGUCUGAUGUUGCCCAUUCGUCACAGCAAAUGCUGUCUAACCGAUUUCUAACUAGUGUCGGUGGAUCGGAAAAGAGCGCAACUUAGGGUGGUGGCAGAUGGAGGGGCCAACCGGCUCUAUGACAUGGUCUCAACUUGGUCCUGCCCAUCAAUGCCAAAGCUUUCCCCUGCAGACUUCGUCCCCGACAUCAUCAAGGGAGACUUAGAUUCCAUUCGACCAGACGUCUCGGAUUUUUACCGACACCACGGUUCACGGAUUGUGGAUCUGUCCGAUGACCAGGACAGUACAGACCUGCAGAAGUGCAUAAACUGCGCCUUGCACCAGCUGGAAGAAAAUUCCUCCCGGCUGGAUGGAGCCAGCAUCCUUGCUGUGGGGGCGCUGGGCGGGCGAAUGGACCACGUGCUGUCCAGCCUGAACACGCUGUACAAGCACAAGGGGCGCAAAAUUCUGCUGUGCGGCGACGGCAACCUGGUGCGCCUGCUGCCGGCUGGCCGCUCCUGCCUCACCCCCGAUCGCUCCGUAGAGGGCCCCUCAUGCGGCCUCGUCGCGUUGGGGGCCCCGGCCACCGCCUCCUCCAACGGGCUUAAAUGGAACCUAGACAACACGCGCCUGGAGGUUGCAGGCUUGCAAAGCACUUCAAACAUCAUUGUGGAUGAUGAGGUGAUAGUAGACACCGAUCAGCCACUAUUGUGGAUGACAGAAUUCCAUGACCCAGUGCAGAUGCCUGAGGCACAGCCUUCAACGACUAAUGAGUACUUGUAGGGUCACAGCCUAUUACAUUGUACGCCAGAUGACUAAUGGAAAGCAUCCCAGUGAAAAGCUCUUUUGAAGCAUCGUGCAUGAUCUUCAAGCCAAUGCACAUCAAUUGACACCACUGUUGGCUUGGACCGAAAUGCAGGAGCUUGGAGCCCUGACUAAAGCAGUGUGUCAUACUUGCAGAGGCAAUUGCAUCUGCAAGCAUAGGCGGGUAUAUUUGCUAGCGGAGUGACAGAGUACUGCCACUUAAAGGUCAGACCACUUAUUCAAAUAAUUAAUGGUAAACCUUGAAGGUGAAAGCUAGGUGCAUCACUACUUCCCAAGACCGGCAUGUGACAUUCCCAAUGAAUUAUAAAAUGCUGCCCCCCAUGAAAAUAAUAAGUAGAGGUCACCAAGCUGCAAUACUAGUAUAAUUGCCUGAGCAUCCUAUGGUUAGGAGUACUUUGACAGACUUGCAACUGCAAAUUGGAUUUAAACUGUUGUACUUC